CCUCAAGAGAACAAUGUGACUCUGAUGGAAAAUAGGGAACAGAGAAGUUUCUGCUGUGCUUUGUACUACCCCUUCGGAAUACAACAUACUGAUUUGACCUGGAAAAAAGCACUAGAAACGAUGAUACAGAAAAGGCCCAUUCCGGAGGGUCAGAAUAGAGCGACUCUAGACCCCUAUCGAGAAGUAUAUAUAGGUCAUCAAACUACGACGAGGGAGUGAUUCUGACAUAACACACACGAGUCUUGUUCAAUCUUGAUUGAUACGGACACGCUCAAACACACACACACACACACACACACACACACACACAAACACUAAAAAGCUAAUCGACAAGAUGUCUGUUCCAACCCACAUUAGCCAGUACGCUCAGUACAAGCAGGACACCAACGACGUUGCCGCAUGGCUACUGACCGCCCACCCGGACUUCAAGGGGCCCAAGGGACCCGGCCGAUUGAAGGGCAAGGCGCGCAGGGCUGCCAGGGAGGAGGCAGAGGCAGAGCGGGCGACGGCAAUUGUCGCCAGCCGACACGUCAAGGAGGUGCCGCGGCUGGUGGCUAUCAAACUGCGGCGUUCAAUCGUGCGCCGCCGGUACCAGCUGCGGCACUAUGAGCACGGCGGCGGCGACGCCGACUCAAACGCCAGCCACGCACAUUUUAUCGGCGUGCUGGAGGACGUCGAGAAAGUCCUCAGACCCAUCUUGCCCAAAGAGUUCCGGUCAAAGGCGGGUCAAGCAGCGGAAGAGGAUGAUAUCGACGCCGUAGCGGCGGCGCUGGUGAACCGCUUCGAGGCUUUGACGGUCGAAGAUGUCGCGGACGAGACUCCGGACCGCCACGCAGCGGCUGGCACCUCUCAAGCUCCGCCAAUCGUUGCGGUGAACUGCAAGAUUGCGGAGGAGGAGGCGAUUACCCCGUCUCCCAUAUAUGCGCUGGAGAUGUUGCUGGAGGACCUGUUCUUGGUGACGCAUCACGUGCAGGAAUCGUGGCAGGGGUAUCGGGAGGGACGGAUGACACUCGAGGCCGCAACACUGGCGACUGAGAUGGCUCACCACCUCUUCUUCGACACUGAGCAAGAGCUCUGGGUAGCUGGUGGCGUUGAGAAUUGCCCAGACGGUUGGGUAAAUGCGCUGUACCAGAUCUGCGAGGUGCGCCAGAAGGCGCAAGGAAAAGGAGAAACCCAGGGCGAUAACUCAGGGUUUCCACACUUCCUCCAAGACCUUAUCUACAUCUUGGAGUCGCUCUCGGCUGCUUUGUAUGCUAGGCAAGGCAAGGCUCUUUCGGACCUUCUUCGCGUCCCGGUACCAACCUAUGACUGGGACUCAGACAACCGGCGCCUGCUCCUGCAGUUGCUCCUCGACGAGGCGUUAGUCCAGAAUCAGGUAUUCUUGGCUACCCCUAAGGCACACUCACUGCCAGAUGCGGACUUGUGUGGGAUGUAUCUGUGCCACGCGUUUAGGACUGGGACCCCUUCGUUGACAGCGCUUUAUCUGAUCAUGUUCUACGUCAAGAUGCGACUGACCAUGGGUUCGGAGAGUGGCAAGGCAUGGCCUGAGCUGCGUGACUUCAUGGAGGCCACGAGGCCGCAAAUGAGUCAAGCCCGUCAGCGGUACUCGUAUCUCGAAAAUGUAGAUGAGGCACUCCGCAAAAUACUGUAUGGUCACACAUAUUGGCUGCUACAGGCGGAAAUUGUGUUAGACGACGACGGCGCGGACUCCCCUCCCACAUCUGCCCGGCUCAACUCGCGUGACUGCGUUCCCUCGCAUCGCCGCAUCUCUUGGUUCCGCUCAAAUCCCUGGCUGUGCGGACGGCUGUUGAUGAUCUACAAGAUCAUCGCCUACUGUGAUGGGUUGUACUGGUCCAAUUCCGCGCCAGCUCCACUCGCAUUAUGCCAUCUUUACCACGCAGCAAAGCGGGAAAAGCUGCUGCCGGAUGGAUGGUUGUGGCCCGGGUUGGAGCGUUUGAUAAGCCGCCACCCGGACAUGUUCUGCGGCCAACAACGGCCGAAGACCUGGUACAGCUAUUCCAACUCGCUGGCCCGGGCCCUAGGCGGAGUCGAGUCUGAAAGAACAGACUCUAGAGGAGGCGCGAGAAGAGGCGCCAGACGAAACGCCCGAAGAGGCAUCGCGGGAGAGAUGGAAGAUGUCGAUCUGGCCAAGCGAUGGGAAUUCCCGCUGCUCAUUACCACACUUCGGGAAGUCCAAAUCCGCUGGCUAGGACGAAAGCACAAGUGGACCGCGGACGAGAUCACGCGCGUUAUGCGUGAAUCUCGGCUGUGCCAAAAGUUUGUGAAGUCCACCAUCCGCCACGGGGCCGAGCCAAAGCUGACUAUGGUUGACGCCUUGAGACGCCUGCGAAAGUGCGUCAAUGCGGAAAUCGCCGUCCUAAAUGAGGAUGCCUGGCUGCAAUAUCACAAUUCCUCGAUCGAGAUUUGCACCAGGAUCUGGACGGAGUUUCCAGCGGUACGCAAGGAGUCAGAGCGAGUUGGUCACACGGACGAGGUUGUCUACAUGAUUGUGCAUACGCUCUUGUCAACCCAUGAUCGGGACUUGGUCAAGAAAGCGGCUAGAAUCAUGCAAUCUGUUGUUUCGGGAAUAUGAGCCUCCUAGAAAAAAAAAAGAGAAAAAGAAGAAAAAGCAAAAACAGAAGAAAAUAAAAGAAAACAAGAAAAAAUAAAACAAAAGAGAUAAUAUCUCAGAUAUACAAAAUUCACAUUCCAUCACUC